AUGGACGACCCGGACACGCCGACCAUAUAUCGCGUGUCCGGAGAGGCGCCCUACCCUGAUCCGCUCAAUCCGUCUUUCCCAUCCACCAUCGUGCCCCGACAAGUGACGCUCCGGGACCGGCAGACGGUGGCAACCAUAGUGCCUUUCGCUUCGCAACACCAGGUGCCCCUGACGCUGUUGCAGUACCUCAGCGACCAGUUCAAGAAGGAAAUUGAGGGCGGAGACACGUAUCCUAUGAUUGAACCCUUGUCCUUUGACCGCUUUGCCGCCUAUUGGUUCCAGAACUUUGGUGGCAUCAUGCUUCUGGGAAGCAUCAACAGUGCCGACGAGGUGGUUGAAGGCAAGGAUUGGGCCCGCGAGUGUCUUGGAAGCUUUUACAUCAAGCCCAACUACCCUGGCCGGUCUAGUCAUGUCUGCAACGCCGGCUUUCUCGUCACUGAUGCGUCACGCAACCGCGGUGUUGGUCGCCUGAUGGGCGAGACGUAUCUUGACUGGGCUCCCAAGCUGGGCUACACCUACUCCGUCUUCAACCUCGUCUACGAAACCAACGUCGCAUCUUGCAAGAUCUGGGACGGCCUCGGCUUCAAGCGCAUCGGCCGCGUCAAGGGCUGCGGGAGCCUCAAGAGCUACCCGGGACAACUUAUUGACGCCAUCAUAUACGGGCGCGACCUGGUCGGCCAGGACGGCGAGGACUUCGUGAGUGAAGAGCGUUUCGACAAGAUCAAGUUCUACCUCAAAUACGGCAAAUAUCCCAACGGGGCUGACCGCGCCGAGAAAAGCAGACUUCGUAGCGCCGCGACCCACUACAAGCUGCUUGAAGAUGACCGUCUCAUGCUCAAGGGCAAGGAGGUCAUCUCGGACCCGCGCCGGCAGUACGAGAUUGCACGCGAGGUGCACAUCCAGCAGCACGGUGGAAUUAACCGCACCACUGCCAGCAUCGCCGAGAGAUACCACUGGAGCCGUAUCAAGGAGACCGUGUCGGACGUGAUAAGGAACUGUACAGAGUGCAAGGAGCUGGGGAAGACACCUAGCAACUCUGCAUCUUCCGCGAGUACAGGAACUUCAAGCGUCGUUGCGACUGGGGUUGGUUCAGGGGGCAGCAUUCACAAUGGCGUUGUCUUGUCAGAAGUAUCCAACAAUAAUACACCUUUGCAACGGACUACCUGUAACAACGGUGCCACUAUAUCGGAGUCACACCAGUCCCUUUUGUCUGCUAGAUCUGGGGAGCCAAGAACGUUCCUGGCGACAGCACUCAACGCGCCGUCACCUCCACCGGAUAUUACAACAACCAACCAGUAUCCGCCGACAUCCAUACCAAGCUCAAUGACAUCUAGUGUGAAUGGUGUCCACGAAAUGAUGCACCAAACUUCCAAAUCUCAUCAACUAACUGCCUCCACGUACGCAAUACCCUCCACUCUAGCAUAUGCCGACCCGGCUUCCAUGACUAUCAUGUCACCUUCAGAAGCACUCCACACAACCAGCACAUUGCCCAACACACAUAGCCCGAUGUUGCAGGACCAGUCUCAUGGUAACACGCUACAUUCUACGUACCAUCAUAAUGGCCACCACCAUCACCAUCAUCACCACCAUCACCACAAUGAGGCUUCCCACAUGAGCCUCACGGACUACGAUCAGCCCAUAGACCCCCAAAUAAUCAGCCAGCCAUCUUCUCACCACCACGACCCAACUCACGACCCGUUCGGCCCAUUCUCGCCGACGCACCACCAUCCCGACGCCGACCCAUUCCAGGCGCUGCUGCGCCAGGUCAACAACGGACACAGCCAUAAUCACCAAAGCCAACCUGAAGCCUCGCCCCCGACCCUUCAGCCUCCGGCAGAUGAAAGCGACAGGAUAGAUGGUGAUGCCGUCGACCGGGACAUGGACAUGCUGAUUCGGCAGCAGGAUGACGACGACGAAGAUGACGAGCUAGCGGUCAAUGCUGUCGCUGGGAUGGAUGUCGACUCGGCAGGGAUAGGGAGAUGCAAGCCGAGCCUGCAGAAACAGCCGGGCGAUCGCCAUGAGGAUGAUGUUAUGGACGGUCAUAAAACCGACGGGUCGGGGAGGUAUCCUGCUGCUACUGGGGCUGCAAGAGAAAAGGAGGUGUAUUUCUCAUACGACGAAGGUUGA